CACGAGCUACCCAUCGUCAAUUCACAGUCCGUUGCACUCACAGUGAGCCCACAGCAACCUCAUUCAACCCAACCAUUCUUGUCUCUUUCACAGUAUUUGUUCCGAAUCGCCGCCUUGAAAAAGAGAAUGAAAGUAGUUGGACUUGCAGUUGUCCGGACGGGUUCGGACCUGAACGAACCGAUUCCUUUGACUGUAUCGAAUGACCUGUCGAGCUUUGGUUUCUUUCAGCGACAGUCCGUCAAAGAGAUGCUCAUGUUCUUGACAAAAACCUUUACCAAACGCACGGAACCAGGUCAACGCCAAUCAGUCGAGCACGAAGGCUACGUUGUGCACUGCUAUGUACGCGCCGACGGUCUCGGUGGCACCGUUACGACGGAUCAGGAAUACCCCGCCCGCGUUGCGUUUGUACUGCUGGGUCAAUUGCUCGAAGACUUUACCAAUGAACACGGUGACUCCUGGAAAACAGUCACUACCCCGGAAUCCGUCGUUUUCACCAAAGCGGAAGAAUACUUGCAGAAAUACCAAAAUCCGGCGGAAGCCGAUAAAGUGACCAAAAUUCAAAAGGACUUGGACGAAACGACGCAAAUUUUGCACAAAACGAUUGAUUCUGUUUUGGAACGUGGUGUGAAACUGGAUUCCCUCGUUGACAAGUCCAAUGACCUGUCAGCACAAUCAAAGAUGUUUUACAAGCAAGCCAAGAAAACGAACAGUUGCUGUGUCAUUUCGUGAGGCUUGGUAGAAAUGUCAAGCACUUCCCCCAAAUCCUCGGGAGUCUAGAAAGUCCUUAGUUUUAGACCCAUCCACCUUUCCUUUCUCGCUCAGGAAAAAGCCUAAUGUGUAGUUUUUUUAUUGUUAAUC